CCCGCGCCCCGGCCGGCGGCGACGGGUGUAAAGGUCGGUCUGUCGAUCGGUCUGUCCGGCAGUCGGUUGGUUCGGCGGCGCCGCUCGCUGCCUGCCGGCCCCAUGCCCCACGCCUAGCGCCGCCCGCCCCGGCCAUGUCCGCCGCGCAGCUCUACACCAAGUACACCAGGGUUUGGAUUCCUGACCCUGAUGAAGUUUGGAGAUCGGCUGAAAUUAUCAAGGAUUACAAAGAGGGAGAUAAAAGCCUCCAUCUGAAACUUGAAGAUGAAACUCUCUACGAAUAUCCUAUUGACCUCCAAGGAAAUGAGCUGCCUUUCCUGCGCAAUCCAGAUAUUCUGGUGGGAGAGAAUGACCUGACGGCCCUGAGCUACCUGCACGAGCCCGCGGUCCUCCACAACCUCAAAGUCAGGUUCCUCGAGUCCAACCACAUCUAUACGUACUGUGGUAUUGUACUUGUUGCCAUCAAUCCGUAUGAGCAGCUGCCAAUCUACGAACAAGAUGUCAUCUACGCGUACAGUGGCCAAAACAUGGGGGAUAUGGAUCCUCACAUCUUUGCGGUGGCAGAGGAAGCCUAUAAGCAGAUGGCCAGGGAUGAGAAGAACCAGUCCAUCAUCGUGAGUGGGGAGUCUGGUGCUGGAAAGACGGUCUCUGCCAAAUACGCCAUGCGCUUCUUUGCAACCGUCGGCGGUUCUGCCAGCGAGACCAACAUCGAAGCCAAAGUCCUUGCGUCGAGCCCAAUUAUGGAGGCAAUUGGAAAUGCUAAAACAACACGGAAUGACAACAGCAGUCGCUUUGGGAAGUACAUUCAGAUCGGCUUUGAUAAAAGAUACCACAUCAUUGGUGCCAACAUGAGGACGUAUCUGUUGGAAAAAUCCCGAGUCGUAUUCCAGGCGGAGGACGAACGCAACUACCACAUCUUCUAUCAGCUUUGUGCCUCGGCGAGUCUUCCAGAGUUCAAAGAACUUGGACUAACAUGUGCCGAAGACUUUUUCUACACUUCUCAGGGAGGUGACACAUCCAUCGAGGGCGUGGACGAUGCUGAUGACUUUGAGAAAACCAGGCACGCCUUCACCCUGCUUGGAGUGAAGGAGUCUCAUCAGACGACCAUUUUUAGGAUAAUUGCUGCCAUUCUGCACCUAGGGAACCUGGAAAUCCAAGGGGAACGUGAUGGCGAUGCUUGUAGCGUAUCGAGUGAAGAUGAGCACUUGAACAACUUCUGUGGCUUGCUGGGUGUGGAGCACAGCCAGAUGCAGCACUGGCUUUGCCAUCGCAAGCUCAUCACCACGGCCGAGACCUACGUGAAGAACAUGUCCGUGCAGCAAGUGGUGAACGCCAGGAACGCCCUGGCCAAGCACAUCUACGCUCAGCUCUUCAACUGGAUUGUGCAGCACAUCAACAAGGCCCUGCACACCACUGUCAAGCAGCACUCCUUCAUCGGCGUGCUUGAUAUCUACGGGUUUGAAACUUUUGAAGUGAAUAGCUUUGAACAGUUUUGUAUCAACUAUGCCAACGAAAAGCUCCAGCAGCAGUUCAACUCGCACGUGUUUAAGCUGGAACAAGAAGAGUACAUGAAGGAGGGAAUCCCUUGGACUCUCAUAGACUUCUACGAUAACCAGCCCUGCAUAGACCUUAUAGAGGCGAAACUCGGUAUCUUGGACCUACUGGAUGAAGAGUGCAAGGUUCCCAAAGGCACUGACCAGAACUGGGCGCAGAAGCUGUACGACCGACACGCCAGCAGCCAGCACUUCCAGAAGCCCCGUAUGUCCAACACCUCCUUCAUUGUCCUGCACUUCGCCGAUAAGGUGGAAUACCAAAGCGAGGGAUUCCUGGAGAAGAACAGGGACACCGUGUACGAAGAACAGAUCAACAUCCUGAAAGCCAGCAAGUAUCAAAUGGUAGCAGACUUGUUCCAAGAUGAGAAGGAUGCUGCACCCACCACUUCCGUGGGAAAGGGAACAUCCAAAAUCAGCGUCCGUUCUGCCAGACCAGUGAUCAAAGCUGCCAAUAAGGAGCACAAGAAAACGGUGGGACACCAGUUCCGCAACUCGCUGCAUUUGCUCAUGGAGACUUUGAACGCCACCACCCCGCACUACGUGCGCUGCAUCAAGCCGAACGACGAGAAGCUCCCCUUUAAGUUUGAUCCGAAGAGAGCGGUGCAGCAGCUGAGAGCUUGUGGAGUGCUGGAGACCAUCCGCAUCAGUGCAGCUGGCUUCCCAUCCAGAUGGUCCUACCACGACUUUUUCAAUAGAUACCGUGUUCUUAUGAAAAAGAGAGACCUCUCUAAGAACGACAAGAAGCAGAUCUGUCAGACCCUGUUGGAAGACCUCAUUAAGGAUCCAGACAAGUUCCAGUUUGGACGUACCAAGAUCUUUUUCCGUGCAGGCCAGGUGGCAUAUCUGGAGAAACUGCGAGCAGAUAAGUUCAGAGCUGCCACAAUCAUGAUUCAGAAGACGGUGCGGGGCUGGCUGCAGAGGGUCAAGUACAAAAGGCUGAGACGAGCUGCAAUCGUCGUCCAGCGCUACACGCGUGGGCACUUGGCACGGAGGCUUGCCGAGCACCUGAGGAGGACGAGAGCUGCCAUCGUCUUCCAGAAGCAGUAUCGAAUGUUGCGGAUCCUCCGAGCUUUCCAGAGGGUCCGCAACGCAACCGUCACCAUUCAGGCUUUUGCUCGGGGCAUGUUUGUCAGGAGGAUUUAUCGCAAGAUCCUUGCGGAGCACAAAGCCAUCAUCCUCCAGAAGUAUGCCCGUGGCUGGCUGGCCCGCACUCGCUUCCGCCGGGUCAGGGGUGCCACCAUCGUCCUGCAGUGCUACUACCGGCGCAUGAAGGCCAGGCAGGAGCUGAAGGCGCUGAAGAUCGAGGCCCGCUCAGCGCAGCACCUGAAGAAGCUCAACAUUGGCAUGGAGAACAAGGUGGUCCAGCUUCAAAGGAAGAUCGAUGAGCAGAACAAGGAAUACAAACUCCUGAACGAGCAGCUCUCUACGCUCGCGUCAGCCCAUUCCUCUGAGGUGGAAAAGCUGAAGAAGGAACUGGUGCAAUAUCAACAGGGCCACCGGGGUGACGGCAACCAGCUUGUCAGCUUGCAAGAAGAGAUGGAGCAUCUCCGGCUGGAGCUUGAGAAAGCUCUUGGUGAGAGGAAAGUCGUGGAAGACAGCUACGUUAAGGAGAAAGACCUACUGAGGAAGCGCAUAUCCGACUUGGAAGAAGAAAAUGCUCUCCUGAAGCAGGAAAAAGAGGAGCUUAACAGCAGGAUCCUCUGUCAAUCUCAAGAUGAAUUUGCACGAAACACAGUUGAGGAAAAUAUCCAGAUGAAGAAAGAGCUGGAAGAAGAGAGGUCUCGUUACCAGAACCUGGUAAAAGAAUAUUCGAGGCUGGAGCAGAGAUACGACAAUUUGCGGGAUGAAAUGACUAUUAUAAAGCAAGCACCGGGGCACAGGAGAAACCCAUCCAACCAGAGCAGUUUGGAGUCCGAUUCCAAUUAUCCAUCCAUUUCAACCUCCGAGAUAGGAGACACCGAAGAUGUAAUACAACAAGUGGAGGAGGUCGGGAUGGAGAAAGCCGCCAUGGACAUGACCCUCUUCCUAAAGCUGCAGAAGCGAGUGAGGGAGCUCGAGCAGGAGAGGAAGAAACUACAAACCCACCUGGAGAAAAAGGAGCAAGAGAGCAAGAAAUCCCAGGUAAUUGAAACGAAGACUGAAGCGACUUCGGACCACGAAGAUUUUGCAUACAACAGUCUGAAGAGGCAAGAGCUGGAGUCGGAGAACAAGAAGCUGAAAAACGAACUGAAUGAGCUGAGGAAAGCUAUCGCAGACCGAGCAACCCAGAACAACUCGUCCAACGAUAUUCAGGACGGUUAUAACCUCCUCCUGAACCAGCUGAAAUCGGCCAACGAGGAGUUGGAGGUGCGGAAGGAAGAGGUGCUCAUCCUGAGGACGCAGAUUAUGAAGGCAGCCCAGCAAAAAGAGACGGGCAAAAACAUGGUAAUUGAGCGGGAAAACAUCACCACCGACGCCAGCUGGCCCAACAGCAACAAGCACAUUGACCAGGAGGACGCGAUUGAAGCCUACCAGGGGAUGUGCGAGACGAACCGCAAGACUGAGGAUUGGGGGUAUCUCAAUGAAGAUGGAGAGCUCGGCUUGGCUUAUCAAGGUUUAAAGCAAGUUGCCAGGUUGCUGGAAGCGCAGCUCCAGGAUCAGAGAAGAGAGCACGAGGAGGAGGUAGAAGCUCUGAAAAACGAGGUGGAUGCAAUGAAAGAAGAGCUGGAGAAACAGCAGCAGGCUUUCCUGCAGACCCUGCAGCUGUCUCCGGAGGCUCAGGUGGAGUUUGGACUUCAGCAAGAAAUCACGCGUCUCACCAAUGAAAAUCUGGAUCUGAAAGAAGUGCUGGAGAAGCUGGAAAAGAAUGAAAAGAAGCUGAAGAAGCAGCUGAAGAUUUACAUGAAGAAGGUCCAAGAUUUUGAAGCAUCCCAAGCCACGGUACCGGCGGAGAGGAGACAGCACGAGCGUAACAUGCAAGUUGCCGUCCAGAGGAAGGAGAAAGAUUUUCAGGGCAUGUUGGAAUAUUAUAAAGAAGACGAGCCACUCCUCAUCCGAAACCUCAUUACAGAUCUCAAGCCUCAGACAGUGUCUGCUACUGUUCCCUGCCUUCCUGCCUACAUCCUCUACAUGUGCAUCCGACACGCGGAUUACAUCAACGAUGAUCAGAAAGUGCACUCCUUGCUCACCUCCACCAUCAACGGCAUUAAGAAAGUGCUGAAGAAACACAACGAUGAUUUCCAGAUGACAUCGUUUUGGCUGGCGAAUACGUGUCGCCUCCUGCACUGUUUAAAGCAGUACAGCGGAGAUGCGGGUUUCAUGACACAAAACACGCCGAAGCAGAACGAGCACUGUCUGAAGAACUUUGACCUGACCGAGUACCGCCAGGUGCUGAGCCACCUCUCCAUCCAGAUCUACCAGCAGCUCAUCAAGAUAGCAGAGGGCAUACUCCAACCCAUGAUCGUGUCUGCGGUGUUGGAAAAUGAGAGUAUCCAAGGGCUUUCUGGUGUCAAACCAAUGGGCUACAGGAAUCGCUCCUCCAGUAUGGCAGAUGGUGACAGCUCCUACAGCUUAGACGCAAUCAUUCGCCAGCUGAACAUGUUCCACAGCGUCAUGUGUGACCAGGGUCUGGACCCAGAGAUCGUGCAGCAGGUCUUCAAGCAGCUCUUCUACAUGAUCAACGCAGUGGCUCUGAACAACCUCCUGCUGAGGAAGGAUGUCUGCUCGUGGAGCACAGGCAUGCAGCUGAGGUUUAACAUAAGCCAGCUGGAGGAAUGGCUGCGUGGGAAGAAUCUGCAGCAAAGCGGAGCAGCGCAAAUGUUGGAGCCCUUGAUUCAGGCGGCGCAGCUGCUGCAGCUGAAAAAGAAAACCUCGGAAGAUGCCGAGGCCAUCUGUUCCUUGUGCACGUCGCUCACGACGCAGCAGAUUGUAAAGAUCCUCAAUCUCUACACUCCCGUGAAUGAGUUUGAAGAGCGUGUGACAGUAGCUUUCAUACGAGACAUACAGACGCACUUGCAAGAGAGGAACGACCCUCCGCAGCUGCUGUUAGACUUCAAGCACAUGUUCCCGGUUUUGUUCCCGUUCAACCCAUCCUCCAUAACCAUGGACUCUAUUCAUCUCCCUGCUUCUCUCCACUUGGAAUUUCUCAAUAAAGUCUGAAGAAAGCGUAAUUAAGCCCACCUCUCCUACCCAGGGACCUCCAGCGAAGAAAGAAAAAUGACGAAAAGAAUUUAAGGAGCUCUUUAAAUAUGGACCAAACAGGUUUAUGGAAGAACCGAUACACAGUAAUAAAUGGAUGCUAAACUGUACAGUAAAAAAGAGACUGAUCUGUAUGUGAUUAUUAUUAUUUUUUUUUCGGUAAUUUGCAGCUCCGAAUAAGGAUACUUGAAACGUAGAUUUAUUUUUUACUGCUUGAUUUUAUGUUGACCUAGUUCAAAGCCCACAAUCAUCUCCAAAAGCUGCUGACAAAAAAAGAAUGGUGAGUGGGAGACAACUUCCUUUGACCUUCAUAGGUGUCUAUGAAGAAAUGACAGUGGAAUCAAACCCAAAGUCUGAGACACUUAUGCUUGCCUUGAAGGACACGUGAUUUGUCUCGUAGCUGGGUGGUUUUGUAUGUAUUAAUAACGGGACGUACAGUUCCGCCUCUUGUUCUUGCCGGUGACUGUAUCACGAUAGGGAGACGAGAAAGGAGAUUGCAGAAGGUGCAAGUAGGUAUUUAUCGCGCCGGUUAAGGUAAUGGGCUUGGAUGCUGCUUGUUUCCACCCACGUGGAAUUUGUCACAAAUUCUAUGUUUGAGAAAUGCUGUUCUUGCUCCUAACUACGUCCAGUGCAUCUGCUUCAUGGGAAUUCAAAUAAAUUGGCAGUUUGGGCUUUUCUUCCAUUACCAAAUUUACAUUAGUGACUUGCAAAGGUUUUGUCGGAGUGAAAUAAUCUCCAGACAAGGGACUGCCUUGGGCCUCCCGCUUCCAGUACGGACGAGCGUCGUCCUGAUCCCUCCUGUUGGCUUGCCCUGUGCUUUUAAAAGGCAAAAAAACCUGUCAUGCAGUGGCUGUCGAGGUUCUCGGGCCUCUCAACGUGAGCUGUAUCAGCAUCUCAGACGUAGACAAGAUGUGCCAAGGCAGCCCAGUUCAAUCAUCGCGUCCCCAGUCCUUACGUUCAGCCACAGCAAUCCAUCGAAAAAUUCUAUUUGGUUCAAUAGCCGUCUGGAAUUUUACUGGUCGUGCAAAUACAGGGCUCAGAUAAAUGAAGAAUACCUUAAAAAAAAAAAAAAAAAAAAAAAAGUUUUAAAAGGGAAUGGAUCAGCAAUGAAAUGUUUUAACGCAAAAAAAUUCUAAGAUAGUGCGUUAGUGAUGUGAGCCGCUUCUUUGCGAGUGAACGCAACAACCUAACAACCACCUUAAACGAAUAAUUCCAAUCAAUUCAAAUCCUGUUAGGGUUUUUUCCUUACCUAUCUUAUAAAUGAAACCAAACCAACCUUCUGACCUCACCAGGCGGAUGCAGUUGUUGAUUUUUCUCGGUACUUACCAGGACGUGUUGAAUUCCGAGUUCCUGUGGAGCCCCUUUUCUUGCUGGGCAGGGACAAGGUGGGUCCCCGAGGCUGAGCGAUGCUCUAGGACGCGAUCCUCACGGCGAAGGGUCUGCAAACUCUUCCCAGUGGCGAUGCUUCUGCCCCAAAACAGCAAAUUUAUGACCGGGCACCCUGUCUGCUCCGAGGAUUAAAACAGAAUGGGAAGUUUUUUACAGAUCCGCUAAACCCCGCCAAGCUGCAGUGCCCUUUUUAGCUAAGGAGUGUGUUUUGAUCUGAACAUCGUGUAUAUAAUCUAUGUAUAUACAAACUGUAAUAGUCCUGUAUGUACUAUAUAGUGUAUAUUACUAUCCAAAAGCACAUUUUUCAAGAAAAAAAUUGAGUGCUAUGAAGAAGUAUAUAGGCCCGGUGAAAAAUCCCUUGUUUCAAAUGGCCUGUGGUUUAUUACGGCUGUUCGCAGCGAAGGACAGACCGAAGGCCGUUCCCUAGGGAGAAGUUGUCUUUUCCUCUAACCAUCACCCAGCUAAUUACCGCCGAAAAUUUAUCGCUUGUAUAAUACCGGCGCAACCUCCUAAUUACAGUCCUUGAGCAUUUUUGCAUCUAACUGCGUAUAUUCAGUAGCGCCUUCAUCUCCCCUUCACGUACGGUAAGGACAAGGCCACCGUUUUGCUGCCCGUGCCCAGCGCGCCCGCGCUCUUCUGUCACUUCCUCAGCUACGAGAUUCUUUUGUUUAUUGUGCCUACCUCUUUUCACGUUUGCGAAUGAAUGUUUUUCUUGCCAUGCUCUGAGUUUUGAAAUUUAUUUUUUUUUUUAAAUCGUAUCGUAGCCCCAUUUUCCACGCUACAAUAGUCAUCACGGUUUAAAAAUAAAUAAAAUAAUAAAAAAAAAAUUCAAAGCAGAAUCGGGCCUUUCUGUAAGGCGGUUUUAGCGUAGCGCUGUUUCUCAGAAUUCGCCUUAGGCCGGCAGUUUCCGCUCCGGCUCUUCAGGACUCUCCCUCUCUCUGAUGUAAAUUAUUCAGAGUACAAUUCCCAACGUUUAUGGUUCAGACUAAAUGACAGGUGGCCACGGAAUCCUCUUCCGCAGCCGUUUCGUUGCUGAUCGCAACUGUAAAAUGUGGUUUAGUGCUCUUCCAGGGGGAUAAUUCACUUUCAGUGGCAUUUUCAGGAUCAUAAUUUAUACGUACAACGAAGAGACUUUCCUAAAAACCCUUGGUACGUGUAGAUAGGAACUGGGUUGUCUUGAUCUGUUGUAACGUAGUUCAUCCAUUAACGUCCAUCUGGAAGAGGACUCCGUAUGAAAUAUCUUCAAUAAAUGUGGUCUUUUCUGUUAGCAGUUUUAAAAAUUUAGUUUUAAGUGUUAAUUUCCUUAAAUUUGCUGGGCUUCAAGCAUGCCUUUCUUUCCUCAGAUCGGCACUGCUUUGUUUAAAAAGCAAAUUUAGCACGAAGCACGGCUUUGAGGAAGCUGGCUGUGUUCCAGCUCUGGCUUUAUUUUUAAAUAUUGAUUAUUAAGUUGAGCAUUUUCCCCACUGUGUGCCUUUCGCGGUUACUAAGGUGACUGACUUCUCAACCAGUGUUUCUCUGAAACAGGUGUUAAAAUGUGGGAUUUUUUUUUUAUUAUUAUUUUUUUUUUUAAUUGUUCUGUCCUAAAAAGUUGCUGUGGAUUUAGAAGUCUGCUUAUAACAAUCUCACUCGGAGGGGGUCUGCACUUCGAAGUUCCUAGGAAAGAAUACUGAUUUUUGCAUGUAUAAUGUAUCCCAGAAAAGCACUAUUGGCAAUAGAAAUAAAAUUAAAAAAAAAUAUCAAAAACCACCCCCCAAAAAAGACCCAGAUCACACAAACCAUCAGCACUAUGAAACCACCAGGCAUGUGCUGUCUGAGCUAUGAAGAGCACCCAGAGCAACAUACGUGCUCCAUUUUCACGAAAAACUUGCUUUAUUUUUUUCCUUUUUUUUUUUUUGUUGUUUUCUUUUAUUGGCAUUUUGUAGCUGAGGUUGCUCAUCUUUUGGCUGCUAAAGCGGUUGCAGUAGUUGGCUGUGGAGCGUUAGACCUCAAGCCUGAAUUUCUGCAGUCCUACAGCGUAAACGUGUUUUGCUCAUACAAAUUAUUCCACUUUAUCUAAAAGGACUUAAUUUUAUGGGUAAAAGGGUAACAAAACGCGGGCACGUUGCAGAGUUUAAGCAUACGGAGGGGUUGCCCUUCCUCUUAUUGCAACUUGACCACUGAAAUCACGCCGCCGCCUAAAGUCUUUGCAACGCGUGACCCUCCGUUUGUGUGAUCUGCAAAAGAUACAGGUGACAAAGAUGCACUUGAAACAACAUUUCCUCUAUUUUCAACAGUAAAUGAACAAGACUGUUCACACUUAGUAAUUCAGGCCAUUUCAGACCGGUUAAAUAGCUGAAAAAUUACCCUUUUGCCAUUGCAUAUAAAUGUGACGUAAUUAAAAUGAAUUGCAUGAACUGCUGUGACCCUUUUUCCUGCCACUUCACUAAUUCAGAUAUAUAUUGCGGUCAUAAACUGAUAUAUUUUUUCCUGAAAGAGGUUCUAACAACGUGGAUGUUACGUAAAACAAUCCAGAGGACGUAUUCCCCGAUGAAUAUACAAUUUAUUUCAAAAUGUAAAUGCCAGGGGACAGAGACUUUCAAAUUAAGUUGAAAUUAGGAAAAAAAAAAAAACCAAACCCAACAAUUUAUCAAAAAAUGUGCUACUACAGUGCAAUGUUUAUUUUGUUUAUUUCUUUGGGGUUUUUUUUGGAAGGGGUUACGAAGUCUCAUUACCUUAACAAGCAGAAGGUAUAGCUGCUCUCGAAGAAGUUGAAUGAUAUACGGGAGUGAAUACUGUAGAUGAAAUACUACUGCUUAUAAAAUAUUUUUCCAUUUUGAACAAAUCUGUAAACUACACCUUUGUUUAUAGAAAAAUGCUUGUAAUAGUCACUGUAAUAUUCAGCUGUGGAUAAAAAAAAAAUUUGUGAAAUAAACACUUUUGAAGAAAUUGUGACUUUUGGUCAAAACUGGGAAUGUAAAAAAUACGCCUUUCAAUAUUUCUGUCUAUUGGAAACGUUUCUAUUGAAAAAUGACAACGUACUUUACAAACACGAACAGUCUGCAAGCUUUUACUUGGGACUUGGAAAAGUUUCGAAGUUAUAACUUAAUUCCAGAGGUGCUUAAAUAGUGUGAGCUUAUUAAAAAGCAAUUGGGCGUGGAGUCUUACGGCCUCGAAGGCCAUUGCGCGUGAACGGAGGAGAUGCAGCGCCGGCCCCUCUGCGUGUGCU